AUGUUUAGGGCACGGGUAUCUCUUUAUAGGGAAUGCAACCAGCAAGGCUUGGACCGUCAGCAGUUAUCCCCCAUCCCAGCUCAGACCCCUCCCCAAAUCCCCUUUGCUCCCAUCCCUGCUGUGGGUUUUGUCUCCUUUCUUCCUCCCUGCCGUGCCAUAGGGACCAGAUGUUUUGGUGCUGAUGUUUAGGGCACAGAGACCACUAUGGGGGAUGCAGUCAGCUCUCCCACCCCAAGCCCCCUCCCCAAAUCCCUUUUGUUCCCAUCCGUGCUGUGGGUUUCAUCCCCAUUCUUCCCCCCUACCAACCCAUGGGGACCAGGACAUGUUUAGGGCACACUUAUAUGGGAUGCAACCAUUAAGCCAUCACCACCUCUCCCCCACCCCAAGCUCAGCCCUGGCUCUGCCCACCCCAAACCCUUGGGGGUGGUGGGAAGGGAAACGCCUUUCACAAAGAAAAUGAAACUCUCAGUGCUCUGUGGGGCCCCAUGGCUGCACCCAACCCCACUGCCCACCUCCCCAGCGAAGCCUCCUGCCCCAUUUGCCUGGAAUAUUUCCGAGAUCCCGUCUCCAUCCACUGUGGCCACAAUUUCUGCAGGGACUGCAUCACUCGGAGCUGGGAAUGGUGCACGGGGGAUUUCUGCUGCCCGCAGUGCAAGGAGACAGCAGCGGAGAGGAUUUUAUAUCCCAACCGGGAGCUGGCGAGGAUGCUGGAGAUCGCCAGGAGGCUGAGCCUGCAGGCAGCCCACAGGGAUGCUGCGGGGCAGGAAGGAUGCAAAAAACACCGGGAACCUCUCAGCAUUUAUUGCAAAGAUGAUGAAGCUUUCAUCUGCCUGAUCUGCCGCGAGUCGCGGCUGCACCGGGCUCAUGUGAUGCUUCCUGUGCAGGAUGCUGUCCAGGAAUACAAGGUAAAGGCUUUAUUUGUUGGAUUUGCUGGCUCCUCCUGUGACCCCUUCUCCUUGCAGGAGAAAACCAGCACCGAACGGCAGAAGGUUUUGGGUGUAUUUGAAGGGCUGCGCCUCUUCCUGGAGGAGCAGGAACAUCACCUGCUGGCCCAGCUGGAAAACACGGAGAGGGACGUGGAGAAAACGCAGGAAGAGAACGUCACCAUCCUGACCAAGGAGAUCUCCCACUUGGAUGCCAUCAUCCAGGAGAUGGAGGAGAAGUGCCAGCAACCAGCAAGCAACUUUCUGCAGGACAUCAGGAGCACCUUGAGCAGGUUGGGAAAGGAGAUCUUCCAGCAGCCCACGUUGCUUCUUCCAGACCUGGAAAGGAAUCUCAAUCACUUCAGGGAGAAAAAUAAUGCAUUAGAGGAGAUUCUGAAGAACUUCAAAGUGAGUGUGACCCUGGAUCCAUCCACAGCUCACCCCCAGCUCGCCGUGUCAGCGGAUGGGAGCAGUGUGAGGUGGGAAGAAGCCCAACGGGAUGCAGCCAAUGAGGAAUUUGGGACAGAUCCCUUCGUGCUGGGCCAUGAGGGCAUCACGUCGGGGAGAUGCUGCUGGGAGGUGGAAGUGACACCCAAAGGCUCCUGGGCUGUUGGGGUGGCCAAGGAGUCCCUAAAGAGGAGGGAAGAGAGCGGUGCAAGCCCUGAGGUUGAGCUCUGGUCUAUGGGUUUCUGUGAGGGACAGUUUUGGGCUCUCUCCUCCUUCGAGCGCAUGACGUUGUCCCAAAUCCAGGUUCCCAAAAGGGUUCGGGUCACCCUGGACUACGAGAGCGGUCAGGUGGCAUUUUUUGAUGCUGAUAAGAGGGCUCUGAUCUUCAUUUUCCCAUCGGCGUCAUUCAAAGGGGAGAGCAUUCACCCCUGGUUCCUGGUGUGGGGACGGAAGUUCCGGUCAGGUGGUACUGGAAAAGGGGCGUGGCUUGCGGCAAAGGGGACGGAAAGCGGAAGUGCUGCCGUUGGUUGGCGGAGUUCGUACCAUAGAGGAACGACGGCGGCGGUGGGAGGAAGGGAGGUAGAGCGGCCCCCGGGGGGAGCGGCGAGGGGAGCGGCGAGGCCCGAGGAAGGAGCGGAGCCUGCGGGGCCUCGAGGCGGGCCCCAGCGCUUCGCUGUGGGGCAGGAGAAAGGGUUCGGGGCAGGAGGAAGAGGGCCUCGGGGCCUCCCCAUGGAGGCGGUGGGCGACGACGGGGCGUCGUCGGGGCGGCUGAACCCGGUGGAGACGCUGCAGGAGGAGGCGAUCUGCGCCAUCUGCCUGGACUACUUCGUGGAGCCGGUGUCGAUCGGCUGCGGGCACAACUUCUGCCGGGUGUGCAUCGCGCAGCUGUGGGGAGGAGGAGGAGAGGCCGAGCUGGAGGAGAGCGGCGGGGCCGCGGCGCUGGAGGAGGAGGAGGAGGAAGAGCUGGAGGAGGAGGAGGAGGAUGAUCUGGGGGAGGAAGAGCUGGACGUGGAGCAGGAGGAGGAGGAGGAGGAUGGAGGCGGGGAGGAGGAGGAGGACGACAUGUGGAGCGAGGAGGAGGAGGAUGGAGAGCUGUGGGAAGACCCCGUGGAGGAGGAGCUGUGGGACGGAGGGGUGCAGGGAGAGCUCUACUUUGGGGACGAUGAUUAUGAUGAAGAUGUGAUGGAGGAGGAUGUGGAGGAAGAGGAGGAGGAGGACGACGAAGCUCAGAGCCCUCCGCCCCCCGUCCUGCCUGCCCGCCCUCGCCGCCUGCAGACCUUCACCUGCCCCCAGUGCCGCAAAACCUUUUUCCAGAGGAAUUUCAGACCCAACCUCCAGUUGGCCAACAUGGUGCAGAUCAUCCGACAGCUCCACCCGCACCCGCAGCGCCUCGCGCCGCCCGCCGGCCCCUCAGCCUCGGGGGGUCCUGGGGGGAAUCCGGGGAUCCUGGUGGCAACAGGAGGACGGGGGUGUCCGAAUCUGUGCGAGAAGCACCAGGAACCCCUGAAGCUGUUCUGUGAGGUGGAUGAGCAAGCCAUCUGCGUGGUGUGCAGGGAGUCGCGGAGUCACAAGCAUCACAGCGUUGUGCCCCUGGAGGAGGUGGUGCAGGAUUAUAAGUACAAACUCCAGAGCCACUUGGAGCCACUGAAGAAGAAGCUGGAUGCGGUGCUGAAGCAGAAAUCGAAUGAGCAGGAGAAGAUCACAGAGCUGAGGGAAAAGAUGAAGUUGGAAAUCAAAGAAUUCGAGUCCGAUUUCGAGCUGCUCCACCAGUUCCUCAUCGGGGAGCACGUGCUGCUGCUGCACCAGCUGGAGGAGCGUUAUGAGAGCUUGCUGGCCCGGCAGAGCAGCAACAUCAGCCAGCUGGAGGAGCAGAGUGCAGCCCUCAGCCGCCUUAUCGCAGAGGCAGAAGAUAAGAGCAAACAGGAUGGGCUGCAGCUGCUCAAGGACAUCAAAGGCACUUUUAUCAGAUGUGAGAACAUCAAAUUCCAGGAGCCUGAGAUGGUGCUGGUGGAUGUGGGGAAGAAAUACCGCAACUAUUUCCUGCAGGACGUGGUGAUGAGAAAGAUGGAGAAAGCCUUCAGCAAAGUCCCACAGGCUGAUAUCACACUGGACCCCGACACUGCUCACCCUCGCCUCAGCCUCUCCCUGGACCGCCGCAGUGUUAAGCUGGCAGAACGGCGCCAGGAGCUCCCCGACAACCCCAAACGCUUCGACUCCGAUUACUGCGUCCUGGGAUCCCAGGGUUUCACCACAGGCCGCCACUACUGGGAGGUAGAAGUCGGGGGCAGGAAAGGUUGGGCGGUGGGGGCUGCACGCGAGACGGCUCGACGUAAAGAAAAAACCAUGGGGCCUCAUCAAAAAAGGGAGAUCUGGUGCGUUGGCACCAAUGGGAAGAAGUACCAAGCGCUGACGGCCACGGAGCAGAUGGCUUUGUCACCCAGCGAGCGACCCCGGCGCUUCGGCGUCUACCUGGACUAUGAACGGGGUCAGCUUUGCUUCUACAACGCUGAGAGCAUGACCCACAUCCACACCUUCAACGCUUCCUUCCACGAGCGCAUCUUUCCCUUUUUCCGAAUCCUGGCUAAGGGCACUCGUAUCAAAAUCUGUACCUGAUGGCCCUCUAGCUUCUGAUUUUCCCCUUUUUUUUUUU